AUGGAUGCGUAUGAUAAAUUAGAAAAAAUAGGCGAAGGAACUUAUGGAGUUGUCUAUAAAUGUAUGGAACGUUCUUCAAAAGAAAUUGUUGCAGUUAAGAAGAUACGUAUGGAAAUGGAAGAUGAAGGUAUACCAGCAACAGCUAUCAGAGAAAUUAGUAUUUUGAAGGAACUAAACCAUCCAAAUAUAGUGAAGUAAUUGUUGAAUAUGCUUACAUGUUAAUUUUAAUAAUACCAUGGAUGUAUUUAAUCAAAAAAUAAUGUUUUGAUUUUAUAUUUAGCUUAAGGGAAAUUUUAAUGGACGAUUCACGAUUGUAUCUAGUAUUUGAGUUUGUUCCCAUGGAUUUAAAAAAAUUCAUUGAUUCCAGACCAAAAAAACAUUUAGAUGAAACUGUUACAAGAUCUUUUACUUAUCAGGUAAAUAUUAAUAAUAGUACAUAUGUAUAUUUAAAUACGUAUUCAAAUUUGAACAAAAAUAUAAUAUCAAUUUUUAUGUUGUAGUUAUUAGUUGCCAUCUACUUUUGUCAUGUAAGACGAAUUUUACAUAGAGAUCUAAAACCACAAAAUAUAUUAAUUGAUACUAAAAAUAAUGUUCUAAAAGUAGCUGAUUUUGGUUUGGGCCGUACUUUUGGUUUACCAAUUCGAGUCUAUACUCAUGAGGUAUUUGUUAAAUAUUUUGAUUUUAAAAUUAAAAAAAGAAAUAGUUUAUAGGUUAAGUUAGGUUUAUUAGAUACUUUAUUUCUUACAUUUAAUUAGAAUAAUUUGCUUAUAGGUAGUAACAUUGUGGUAUCGAGCUCCUGAAGUGUUAUUAAACACACAACGGUAUGGUUGUCCAAUCGAUGUGUGGUCUAUAGGAUGCAUAUUUGCAGAAAUGGCUCAUGGGAAGCCAUUAUUUCAAGGGGAUUCAGAAAUUGAUCAACUUUUUCGUAUUUUCAGGUACAUAUUAAAUCAAUUUAAUUCUUGUUUGAACAAAACAAAUAUAUAAUCUGACUGCUAGUAUUUUACACUUUUAUAUAUUUUUUUUAGGUACUGGUAGCAUUGAUUACUGAGUUCUUUUGACUACCACAUAAUUUCACUGAAACUCAAUGAUGCAUUUCCUUAUAUUGCAUUAUAGCUAAUUAUAUAUUGUAUAAUUUAAUAUCAAGUCUGAAUAUUUUUAACUAAUUAAGCAGUGGAUGGGUGUCAAAGAUAGAUAAGAAUUGACAUUAAAAUCUCUAUUUUUAAAAAACUUAUAAUACUAUUUUAUUUUUUUUCAUUGGUUUCAUAUUUAAUUAAUUUAACAUUGUUGUGUUUAAAAUAUUAUCUGUUCAAAUGAGUAAUAAGUUUCAAACUUCUCAUAAUAUGCUGUCAAAUGUAAAAUAUUUUUUUGUUUUAAUCCAGUUAAAAAUAAUUGUAGGGACCUGCAAUUGUAACCAAAUACUUAUAAUUUUUUCUGUAUAAGUAUCUAGGUACUCUUUUCACUUCUAGUUUGAGUUUAUUUUUAGAAAAAAAAAUUCUACAAAUUAUCAAAAUAUUUGAUUAUAUUUCAAAAUUAAAAUUGGUCAAGUGGUAAUGAUGAUUGUAUAGUUUUAUAUUAAAUUUUGUAUUGGUUAGUAAAAAUCCUUACUCCUUUUUUCUAAUGGGUAUCGGUUGUGUAUUUGUAGACAAAUCUUCAGUUAAAAUUUUUGAAAUGGGUCAUUGAACUUUUUUUAAUUAUGCACAUUCAUUUUUAGGAUUUUGACUACUCCAAGUGAAGAUACAUGGCCGGGCGUUUCUGAGCUGAAAGAUUAUAAACCCACAUUUCCUACAUGGAGUGAUAAUAUAUUAAAUGAUUCAGUCAAGAACAUGAAUAAUGAUGGAUUGGAUUUACUACAGGUAAUUAAAUUAAUACAAUAAUUUUUCUCAAGAAUUUAUCUAAUAAAAUUAAUUUUCUUUCAGAAAAUGUUAGUUUAUGAUCCUAAUAAACGCAUCAAUGCUAGAGAUGCACUUCAACAUCGUUACUUUAAAGAUUUAAAUAAAAAUACUGUACCUGCUCUUCCAGAAAUUAAAUUUUAA